GGAGCUCCGCACUGUGUCGUUGUGUUGCUGAGCUUCUGCUGUGUCUCUUAACACUCCGAUCUCUCUCUCUCUCUCUCUCUCUCUGUCUUUCUGUGCGUCUGUGCCCGUCCGCACUGCCUCCAUCUCAGCUUGCUGUCUUCGUCUCUCUGGUUAUGAUGAAGAUGUCGCCCUGCGACCCAGAGAUUAACAUCCCCGCCAAAAACUGCUACCGGAUGGUCAUCCUGGGCUCCUCCAAAGUCGGCAAAAGCGCCAUCGUGUCGCGUUUCCUCAACAGCAAGUUCGAGGACCAGUAUACGCCGACCAUCGAGGAUUUCCAUCGCAAAUUUUACAGCAUCCGGGGCGAUGUUUACCAGCUGGACAUCCUCGACACAUCGGGGAAUCACCCGUUCCCGGCCAUGAGGCGCCUCUCCAUAUUGACAGGUGAUGUUUUCAUCCUGGUCUUCAGCCUGGAUAACCAGGACUCCUUUGAGGAAGUACAGCGGCUCAAGCAGCAGAUCAUGGAGACCAAGUCGUGCCUGAAGAACAAGACUAAGGACAACAUUGACGUCCCGAUCGUCAUCUGCGGCAACAAGAGUGACCGGGAUUUCCACCGAGAAGUGCCCAGGGACAAGAUCCAGCGGCUGCUGGAUGGUGACACCAAGUGCGCCUACUUUGAGAUCUCGGCGAAGAGGAAUAGCAACGUGGACGAGAUGUUCCAGACCCUCUUUACCAUGGCCAAGUUGCCGAGUGAGAUGAGCCCAGACUUGCACAGGAAGGUCUCGGUACAGUACUGUGACAUCUUGCACCGCAAAACCUUCCGGAGCCGCAAGCUGAAAGACGAGGACGCCUACGGCAUAGUGGCUCCGUUCGCUCGGAGGCCGAGUGUGCACAGCGACCUGAUGUACAUCAAAGAGAAGGCGGUCGGCGGCGGCCACGCCAGGGACAAGGACCGCUGUAUCAUCAGCUAAAGUGACUUCCCCUCAAGCCCAGUAGACCAAGAGGUUUGGGACGCGCGUGUGUGUAUUGGGGGUAGGUGGAGAGGAAAAGUCACUCAGUCCUGCCCCCUUCUCCCCUUGGGGCAUGAACCCGGCCAAGUGGCGGCGUUUGUAAAGACUGGCGAGGACAGUGUCGGUGCGCCCCGCUGAUGAGACAAUGCCUCACGGAAGCGGACCCCAGCUCUCACACAGGAACGGACAUAGGCGCAACGACUGAGAGAGACACACACAAAACUGAGAGGCUGCUCUGACAGGUCUCCCCAGGAAUUUUUUUUUGUCCUAUUGACUGUGAAAUGUUUGUACUUGAUUUUAUUUUUCAAAAGUCAACAUAUUGUAACCUUGAUGUGGGCAAACUCUUACAUGUAGUGCAAUGAACGUCGGAAAUUGUUUACAAUUGCCAUUUGUUGUAUUUUGGCAAUCAAGUUGUACUUGAACA